UAACACGGCCCUUCAAAAAGCGGACUGUGGGGAGAAGUCACUCUAUAGACCACCGAAGCUCAGAAAAGAAAACAUGCAUUCAGGAAAAGUGAUCUUCACCAUUUGUGCCUUUGCAAACUUGGCACUUUCAGAAGCUUACCCGCCCCAUCGUGACACCAGGGAGGCGAGCUGGACUGAUUCCAAGGCCAAUGAUGCUCAUGCCAAGUCAAAACUCACAAAAGAAGCGGAUAAGAUCUACAAGAGCCUCAUAGAUGACAGCGGCCUCUACAACCACGAAGAUGAGUACAAAAAGAACCCAGUGUCGGAACAGAUGCAGCGCAAGAUCCUCGUGGAGUCGGAGCGCCUGCGCGCGCGUCUGCGUCAGGAGCUGGCCGAGCUGAGGGAGAGGCUGGCCCCAUCCCCGGCUCACCUCGCUUCCGCGCUGGCCAGCAUGAGGGAACACUUGGGCCCGUUCACCCUGCAACUCCACAACAAUACCCACAGCUUAUGCCACCAGCUCAGGCUGUACCUCCACGGUCCGGAUGCAGCAGAGGCCCGGCAGGGUCUGGUUGUCCACCACUGGAUGACGCAAACUUUGGAACGGAGCGGCUCCAAUCUAACUGAUAUCCUGGCUGACUUCAUGGCUAAAACCAGAGAGGUGACGGAACGCCUGAGGGAGAUGAGUGAGGCAGAGGCAGCAAACGCGGGAAUCUGGCAGCGAUUUAGCUCUAGGCUAGGACGGGAAGUGACGUCACUGAAGGCGGAGGCACAGAAUAGUUUGGAGACUCUUAAAGUACAGCUCGCUGAUCAGUUGGAAACUGCGCAGCCUCUCAGUGCCAUGGUGGAACACUUCUGCCAAAAUGCAGCGCAGCAGCACCAAGACUUCCAGGCCAGGAUUGAGACUCUAUUCACGGGAAUGGAGGAGGAGCUGGAAGUCCAGUCCAUUUCUUCCUAUUCUGAACACUCUGGUGGCUCGUUGAAGGAGGACUUCUUCAUCAAACUGUCUGCUCUCAUCCAGGACAUUCUGCAUUCAGUGCAGUGACACAAGUCACUAUCGCAACUAUCACCUGAGACACCAUCACUUAACAAUUUGUUGUUCAGCACAUUGUUGGCUCACAACAUAGUGCUGAACCCGUACAUAGUGAUAAAGUGUACUAGGUGUGUUAGAAAGGUUCCAGGACUGGUGUCACAAAAGAAGUAUUUCAAAUCCAAACUAAUAAACUAACUAAGUUUCCUUCUUCGAAGUAAUUCCUCUGUAGUCUGACGCGCGUUCACAGUCUUCUCUGCCACACCUUCAUACACUCCUGGUAGGAUUCUUCCGAGAUCCUGCGCAGCUCUGUCAUCCAUGCCAUCUUGACAUCAUCCACGCCUUUAAAACCAGUCCCCCUUUAUGACCCCUGGAACUUGGUCAGCAACUGUCAGAUGUUCAAGGCAUUGUGAGCGGGCGCAUUGUCAUGGUGAAGCAGCCACAAGUCGUCCUGCUACAAUUCUUGACUCUUCUCGCGCACUCAACGAAGCAAACAUCGCAGGAUCUCUUUGUAGCUGCCCUGGUUGAUCAUCUGGCCCACAAUGAAGGAGAAAACUUGUAGUUUGUGACAACAGUCCUGGAGCUUCUCUGACACAUCUUAUCAUAUUUGUAUUCUAUUUCACUGUGUGUGUCCUCACAAGAAUUUAGUAGCAUUUUCCUGCAUACAUAUUUCAGAAAUGUAGUUUUUACUUUUUUAGUUAGUUAUUCAAAUAAUAUCCCCUAAACUGAAGUUGAAUGUAGUAGUAUUUUCCUGCAUACAGAGAAAAAUUAAUAAAUAAAUAAAGUGGCAUAUUUCACAAAUUUAAUUGAAAAAAUGUUAGUAUUUUUGUGUAUUUUUUAGUUAGUUAUUCAAACAAUAUACCCUAACCCAGAGUUUCUCAAAAUUAAAAAGGCACAGAUGGAUUUUUGAUUGCUGUCUAUAGUUAAGUCAUGCCUUCGUGAAUAUUAUGACAUUACAUGAUGUUUUUUUUUUUGGUAAUAAAUUUCUAAUAUGGGUCGGGAGCGUCACUGAUGGUGUAGUGGUACACUCGCCUGGCUUUGGUGCAGGCAGCGUGGGUUCAGUUCCCACUCAGUGACGGUGUGAAUGUUAGUGUGAAUGGUUGUCCGUGUCUAUAUGUGCCCUGCGACUGACUGGCGACCAGUUCAGGGCGACCCUAACCAGGAUAAGCGGUGUUGAAAAUGGAUGGAUGGAAAAUGGGUCGGGAGCUUAAAAGGUUUUGGAAGCCAUGCCUUAGCAGCUUUACAAUUACAUAUUUUAUGAAUUAUUAUUUUUCUUCAUGUUUUUUGUACCAUUUUAUACUAAAUCCUUGUGAGUUUAGGCAGCAUAUAGCAAACAUGUAGACAUGUGUUAUGUCAAAACAUAGCAAUUUAUUGACGUUUGUAUUGUUUUAUUAUGUAAAAUAUACCUGGACCAAAGAGUAAAGAACAAACUUUUUUGGUAUGUCAGUAAAUGUUGUGAAAUAUUUUCUAUAUUACUGUAAAUAAAUGCGUGAAAACUCA